ACAAAGUAUGAACGGGUAUAAAAGAGGGAAAAGUCGAUGAAUAGGUUUCAGUUAUUGGCUUUAUCCGAGACAGACAAACCAGCAAGGCUGCUGCAUUGAAAAGAACAAUGAAGUCGUUGGUCUUGGCUUUAACCAUCGCCCUGCUGUUUACAGCUGGUGAAGCUCUGGACUGCCACCGGUGUAUGUCCAAAAAGGCUGGAGGAACCUGUGAGCUCACUGUGGAGACCUGUAAACCAGGGAAGGACGGCUGUGCUGCUGCAAGGUUCCUCAGAGAACCAUUUGGCCAGUUCCAGCGAUGCAUGGCUAUGUCAGACUGCGAGAUGUUGAAGAUGAAUUCAUACAUCAACAUCAAGUGCUGUAGCGAUGACAUGUGCAACACCUAUUAAAAUUCAAAAAAUAAUGUUAACAUCUGGACAAAAAAACUGUGCUAGAGUACCUUUGAGCAAGGCACCAAAUGACUGACAGUUUGUGGCUCCUUCAGGCAAUGCCCGGCUGUGAUUACAUGAAUUUGAAGAAGCUUGUUCCUCUGUAAAACUUUUCCUCAAACAAAUUAAAAAAGUUUUAAAAAAAGA